CCGGCUGCGCUCCUGCUCCUCGACACCUGGUGAUGGCGUCGCUCACGGUGAAGGCUUACCUUUUGGGCAAGGAGGACGCGGCCCGCGAGAUCCGCCGCUUCAGCUUCUGCUUCAGCCCUGAGCUUGACGCAGAAGCUGAGGCCGUGGCUGGCCCCGGGCCAUGCGAGCGGCUGCUGAGCCGGGUGGCCGCCCUGUUCCCCGCGCUGCGGCCCAGCGGCUUCCAGGCGCACUACCGCGAUGAGGACGGGGACUUGGUUGCGUUUUCCAGUGACGAGGAACUGACGAUGGCCAUGUCGUAUGUGAAGGAUGACAUCUUCCGUAUUUACAUUAAAGAGAAGAAGGAGUGCCGGCGGGACCAUCGUCCACCAUGUGCUCAGGAGGCACCCCGCAACAUGGUGCACCCCAACGUCAUCUGUGAUGGUUGCAAUGGGCCAGUGGUGGGGACCCGCUACAAGUGCAGCGUCUGCCCCGACUACGACCUGUGUGCCAGCUGUGAGGGGAAGGGCCUGCACAGGGAGCACAGCAAGCUUGCCUUCCCCAGCCCUUUCGGGCACCUCUCUGAGGGCUUCUCUCACAGCCGCUGGCUCCGCAAGCUGAGGCACGGGCACUUUGGGUGGCCUGGCUGGGAGAUGGGCCCACCAGGAAACUGGAGCCCCCGUCCCCCUCGAGCUGGGGAUGCCCGCCCCAGCCCCGCUGCGGAAUCAGCCUCUGGCCCGCCGGAGGAUCCCAGUGUGAAUUUCCUCAAGAACGUAGGGGAGAGUGUGGCGGCCGCCCUCAGCCCUCUGGGCAUCGAAGUUGAUAUUGAUGUGGAACACGGCGGGAAGAGAAGCCGCCUGACCCCCAUCUCCGCAGGCAGCUCCAGCCCCAAAGAGAAGUGCAGCUCUCAGCCGAGCAGCUGCUCGUCUGGCCCUCACAAACCGGAGGGGGACGCAGAAGGCACAGCGCAGUCACUGGCAGAGCAGAUGAACAAGAUAGUCCUGGAAUCCAGGGGGCAGCCUGAGGAACAGAUGGAGUCUGAUAACUGUUCAGCAGGAGAUGAUGACUGGACUCAUUUGUCUUCAAAAGAAGUGGACCCGUCGACAGGUGAACUCCAGUCUCUACAGAUGCCCGAAUCCGAAGGGCCAAGCUCUCUCAACCCUUCCCGGGAGGGACCCACAGGGCUGAAGGAAGCUGCAUUGUACCCACAUCUUCCACCAGAAGCUGACCCCCGGCUGAUCGAGUCCCUCUCCCAGAUGCUGUCCAUGGGGUUCUCUGACGAAGGCGGCUGGCUCACCAGGCUCCUACAGACCAAGAAUUAUGACAUCGGGGCUGCCCUGGACACCAUCCAGUAUUCAAAGCACCCACCGCCGUUGUGACAAUUUUUGCUCACCUGUUCUAUGUCCCCUUUCUUGUCUUAGUUGUGUUGAGCUAGUGUAGAACCCUAGGGCCUCUGUGAGGGCCAAUUUCUCUGCAUUUUUCUUCCAGAAUCUGGGGGUGGGGUGCAUGAAGGCAUUUAGGGCAAUAGAACAGGUGACGGGGGGCGGUUCUGCGUGUGCAGAUGUCUGAGAAACGUCUGCCAGCUUCCUUCAGGGGCUCUGGCUCUUCACGGCCAGGCUGGGCCCCAGAGGCUUCCUCGGGCAGAGCGAGACUCCUUGCUGGGGAGGACACUGAGGCCACACCGCAUCAUAUUCCUGCUCUCCCCCCGCCAGGAUUACACCGGCAGUCCAGAAUAUAUCUUGCCCGAUGGCCUUCUGCUUUUUCUUUUUUUUUUAAAUGACUAAUAGUAUGCUGACAUGUAGUUGAUUUUCUGCUAGAAACUCUAGGUUUCUAUAGAGUACAGCCAACGUUCUGUCGGGGCAGAGGAGGCUGCCCUGGAGCAAGUACUGGAGGGAAGGACAGCCCAGCACUGUGGGCUUCCUAUCCGGGAAUAAAGAAGGGCAGAUAGGGAGGGUGACGUUGGUGUUCACUGAGUCCUGCCUCUGUUUCAUAAUCACUGUAGUUCUCUCAUUUCCAAAUGUGUCAACUGCUUUUAAAGUAAGAAAAUCCCUUUGUAGCCAUUCUGUUAUCAUAUUUGUAAACACUCUGUAAUUAAAUGGUAUAAGCACUUUAAUCAAAGAUGUUGCAACAGGA